AUGUCCCCGCUCGUGUCGCCGUACAAGAACUUUGACGAGCUCUCGUUCCCUGCGGACCAUCCCGGACGCGCCGUCACGGACAGCUACUACGCGAACCGCGACAUGAUGCUGCGCACGCAUACGUCGGCGCACGAGGUAGAAAUGUUCAGGAGGGGCGAGACGCGCUGGCUGCUCACGGCGGACGUGUAUAGGCGCGACGAGAUCGACGCCUCGCAUUAUCCCGUAUUCCACCAGGUCGAGGGCGCGCGGAUAUUUGACGCGAGCCCGAGUGGGAUGAAGCAGGUGGAGGAGGACAACGCGCGCGUUUCGAACAUCCUGGCGAAGUCGAAUAUUGUGAUUGAGGAUAUACCCCAUAUUUCACCAACGAAUCCGGUGCAGCACAAUCACGAUCCAGUGUUCUCGGAGCUCGUUGCGAAGAACUUGAAGCUCUCGCUGAAUAAUUUGCUGUUGAAGGUCUUUGGAGGCGUUGCGGGGAUUAGCAAGCAAGAGCCUUUGCGCGUGCGCUGGAUCGAGGCGUACUUCCCGUUCACGAGCCCAAGUUUCGAGGUGGAAGUCUUCUUCCAAGGCAAGUGGUUAGAAAUCCUGGGAUGCGGCGUCAUCCGGCAGGCAACUCUGGACACAGCAGGUGUUGAAAACAAAAUUGGGUGGGCUUUUGGCCUGGGGCUCGAACGGAUAGCCAUGGUGCUCUUUGGCAUUCCAGACAUUCGGUUGUUCUGGUCGACGGAUCCUCGCUUCGUUUCGCAGUUCGAACAAGGGAAAAUUACUACCUUCCAGCCUUACUCGAAAUACCCGUCAUGCUUCAAGGACGUCAGUUUCUGGUUACCUCAGAAUAGCGAAAUUCAUGAGAACGACUUCUGUGACAUCGUUCGGGAUACGGCUGGGGAUUUGGUGGAAGAUGUUAAAAGGAUCGACCACUUUGUUCAUCCGAAGACGAACCGUACGAGCCUAUGCUACCGCAUCAACUAUCGUUCAAUGGACCGGUCACUCUCAAACGAAGAAAUCAACCAUGUGCAGAGUCAGGUCGCAUCCCAGCUCGUCGAACGGUUCGAGGUAGAGAUUCGAUGA